CAAUUAAUGUCCCUCAACUAAUAUGGCUGUCUUUAUAAAGCACUUUAGGCUUAAUUCUUUGCUGACCAGUGGCAGUAGCUGCAGUGGUAAUUGGAUAUAUGCUAGAAUAUUAGUAGAGAGAUCUCCUGGGAGUCUUAAAUCAUUAUUAGCAGCUCCCGGAGCAGUACUGUCACCUCAUAUUAGGAGAGACUAUUCUACAGAGGUGAAGAAAUCAGGUGACAAGGAGCAGCAGACCAGCAGUGGGUCUGUUCUAAUGGAAGUAUUAUCCAAAGAAGAACCAAAGGAGCUGACUGUUGGAGCUAAAGUUGUACGGGCUGGGAAGGAUUUUACUUACCUUAUAGCCAUUUUCGCUGGAUUUGGUCUAAUGGGUUUCCUGUUCUAUUCUGUCGGCAGUGAGUUCUUCAGUUCUGCUAGUCCUUCGUCAAUAUUCUCAAAAGCACUCAAAAGAGUCAAAGCUGACGAGAGUGUAAAGGCUGCAUUGGGUGAGCCUAUUACUGGCCAUGGCGAAGAGUCAGGGAGAGGAAGGAGAAAACAAUUAAAUUACUUAGAGUAUGAGGUAGACGGCGUUACUUAUAUGAGAAUGAAGUUCCACGUGUCAGGGAGCAAGAGGAAAGGAGAGACAGUCUUAGAACUAAAGAAAAAUGAAGCUGGGAAGUAUGCAUUGAGAUUCAUGUUUGUCGAAUUGGCUGGAUAUCCACCACAAACUAUCAUACUGGAGGAUAAUCGAUAAUAUAUCAUAGCUAUUUUUCAUUUAGAUGUAUACAUUGUAUGAUAAUAAGUAAGUUUGAGAUGAUAGAAACUUUUGAGUAA